AUGGCUGCGGCGGACCGGCCCCCUGUUAAGGAAGGGUUCCGGAUAGUGUUCCUGUGUGUGGGCUGGUACACAGUCAGCUCGGGGGGCAACAUCGUCAACAAAAUCAUCCUCAAUGGAUUCCCGUACCCUGUCACGGUCUCCCUGUUUCACAUCAUCUCUAUCGUCGUCUUCCUGCCGCCGUUGUUGCGGGCAUGGGGAGUCCCCAAAACAGAACUGCCGAGCAAGUACUACCAGUGGUACAUCCUGCCUUUGGCUUUCGGGAAAUACUUUGCAUCUGUGUCGGCACACUUCAGCAUAUGGAAAGUACCUGUUUCAUACGCGCACACCGUCAAAGCUACAAUGCCAAUAUGGGUGGUGCUGUUAUCAAGAAUCAUCAUGAAGGAGAAGCAAACCACAAAGGUUUACGUGUCGCUCAUCCCCAUCAUUGGAGGAGUGCUGCUGGCCACAGCCACUGAGCUGUCCUUUGAUGUUUCCGGACUCAUCAGUGCUCUGGCUGCCACGCUCUGCUUCUCUCUGCAGAACAUCUUCUCCAAGAAGGUGCUGCGUGACACAAAUAUCCACCACUUGAGGCUGCUCAACAUCCUGGGCUUUAAUGCUGUUAUCUUCAUGGUGCCCACCUGGGUUCUGGUGGAUCUCUCAGUGUUUCUUGUUAACGGAGAUCUGGCAGACGUCUCCGGGUGGACGGGUACGUUUGUCCUCCUGCUCAUCAGUGGCUUCUGCAACUUCGCUCAGAACGUCAUCGCCUUCAGCGUGCUGAACAUCGUCAGCCCGCUCAGCUACGCCGUCGCCAACGCCACCAAGAGGAUCAUGGUCAUUAGCAUCUCGCUGCUGAUGCUGCGCAACCCGGUCUCCCUCACAAACGUCAUGGGCAUGAUGACGGCCAUUGUCGGGGUCUUCCUCUACAACAAGGCCAAGUAUGACGCUAACAAGGAGAAGAAGAAGCUGCCGAGCACCAAUCAGGACCUGGUCUCCUUUGACAACCCGGCGCUGGAGAAGGUCCAGGCCAAUGGGUCAGUGCCUUUCUCCCAUGGUUCAGAGCAGCAGCACAACUGGAACAACGUGCUGACCGACCACUUCCAGUACAGCCGGCAGGCCUACACGACAAACUACAACAGCAACCACCAGUACGUGGUGUGAAGGGAGGAGUCUGUCCUCAAUCUGGGGGGCUGUCGCAGACAUUACUGUGUAGCCCCCCCCUGUGUCCCGGCUCCAAACACGAGACUGAAGGCAAGUGCUGUUUGUUGUGGAUAGGAAGAAUGAGAUGGCCAGUGACGUGACCUCUCCCACGCUCCUCCGUUUCUAAACUUCACUUUCUGACGGCUUCGCUGUGUGUCCUCGUUUAUUUAUUAGCUUGGUACCGCCUGUAUGUGAUGGUCCGAGAGGAAACACAACUUAAAUCCCCUGUUUCCAGACAGUUUGGUGACAGAUUCAGCCAUGUUGUCCACACACACACACACACACACACACACACAGAAAUGUGUCACAGCAGCUGGACAUGCAGAAGGUAGUGAUGAAUGAUUUGCACCGUACUGUCUGGAAAUGUUUUGUUUUUACAACCAGACAUCAUUUUGGAUUUUGGGUUAUUUUGUAUACUUUCAGAGAAAAGGUUCUCGGCUGUAAUUAUGAAAUGUGAGCGCUAACUUGCACCGAAACAACAGUCAUGUUACAUUCUGUUCCAAACAAAUCUCAGUGGAGGGUCUUGGCAUACGUCAUUUUUCUACAUGAGGCACCUGUAAUGAUGUGAGGAGAAACGAUGUGUUUGAGUCGUUGUCCUCAGUGGAUAAACCGUGUUGCAGAUGGGACUUCAGCAGACACUCACUUAAGAAAUUGUAGAUUUGGCCUGAUGACAUAAUAAUAAACUAAGUAGGUGUUUUUCCCCAUGCUAGCACCGUGGCUCCAUGAAUGGCAAUGUCCACCACCAGAUAUUCAUGGUCCCCAGAUGAUAAAUCACUCUGACUUCUCUUCUGGUGCCACCAAGAGGUUGAUGUUUGUGGUUUUAAGUGAAAUACUGUUUAAACCUUUGGAUGAAUUGUUCUAGCGCCACCAGCAGGUCAAAGUGUGUCCAACACUUGUGUCCAUAACUGAGUUCCUGCAUAACUAAUGACAGUUCCCAUCAGCCUCAGCUGUACUUUGUGUUUACUGCUAAUGUUAGCAUACUAGCAUGCUAAUCUAACAUGGUGAAUAUACAUGGUAAAUAUCAGCAUGUUAGCAUCGUCAUUGUGAGCAUGUUAGCACGGCAACAGUAGCAUUUAGACUGCACUCACUUUCCAACGCCCCUCAAAGUUACAAGUGCCUGAUGAACAAAAAUGCCCAAAAUCCCAACAUCGCGUCCACAAGAAGCUGAUGCUCGAGUACUUGUUGCACAAGCGGAUCAGUUAACAUUCAGUCACACUUGUCAGCAAGUGUUUUUAACUGCCAUCUUUUCAUCACACACACACACACACACACUCGGCCUCCAUGUCUUUGAACUAAGAUACACUUUCAGAGUGAGACCAGUUCUUCACCCAGAACUGUCAAUGACCUUACAGUGACCUCACAUAUGUCCUUCUCCCCAACGUAACAAUUCAGUUCACCGUUUGUUAUCAUGGAGCAUAAAUGUAAAAGUUACAUUUUUUGAUUUACCAAAACAAAGCGUCCCAUCAGUAUGCAUACUGUAGGAAUUCUCACGUUUCAUCUUUCUUAGGGACUCUAACCAUGUACAAAUGUAAUAGAGAUGUUAAAAUUCAUAGUUUUGAGAUGAACCAUUUUCUAAAUUGAUUUUUGGUAUUUAUUGAUUUGCGAAGCUUCUCGGGCAGAGUGAGAUUUUCUCUCCUGGUUUACUUUUUCAGCCUGAACCAAAGCUGCGUGUUUUAGUUUUUUUUAAACAGAGGCCUGGUUCCAGUUUGCACAUCUUCAAACCACAACAUUUGUUCUGCAGAUUGUCUGUCAAGUGACUUUAAAGUCACGGUGUUUUACUUUAACGGGACAGAUUCAUGCAUGGAAUCACAGGUUUGCUUUUGCAAUUAAAGAUUCAACUGUAAUUGAAAAAGGUUGAUCAUCACUAUUGUUUUCUGUCUGCAAAACUGCUAACUAAUCAUUUAUUAUUGAAAAACCUUUUUACUGCUUGAAGAACUAUUUCAUUUAGGAAACAUCAGUCACUUGCUUUUAUUGUAGGACCUCUGCAGGCUGAGUGUCUCACUGCAACAAUAGAAGGGUAUUUCUUUUCUUUUGGUGAUUCAAAUGUCUCGGCAUUAAAAAUCAACGUAUUAUUUCUGCUCAUUUAUUUUGUAAGGACAACGCUCAUUAAUUAAAUCUUUGUAAAAGUG